AGGUUUAUUUUUUCAAUUCAUCAUUUCUAAUGUGUAAAAACUUCUAAGUGAUUAUUAGUUAAAAAAAUUUUAGUUAUUACUUGAAUUUUGGUUGUUUGAAUUUCUCGCUUAUUUGAAAAUGGAUACUAUAAUUGAUCGCGGAGCACCAAAAACUCAAAAUUUUGAACCAUACGCAAGCAAUGGAGGUUCUCUUGUUGCCAUCAGUGGCAAGAACUUUGCGAUUGUUGCAUCAGAUACUCGUCUUAGUGAAGGAUAUAUGAUAUUUUCUCGAAAACAGCCAAAACUUUUUCAACUUUCUGAUAAGUCUGUGCUGGGGUGUACAGGAUGUUGGUGUGAUACAUUAUCUUUGACCAACAUUGUACAUACUCAAAUGAAGUCGUACUUGUAUGAUCAUAAUACUGUAAUGCAACCUGGAUCAAUUGCUCAGUUAUUGUCUACAUUAUUGUACAGUCGGCGUUUCUUUCCAUACUACGUCUACAAUGUUCUUGCAGGCCUUGAUGAGAAUGGUGAAGGCUGUCUUUAUAGUUAUGAUCCCGUUGGCCAUUGUGAAAAAGUAUCAUACACUGCAGGCGGUAGUUCUGGUGUUCUUAUGCAACCAUUCUUAGAUAGUUGGUUGGGGAAUCGCUCAGUAGAAAAUCCUGUAUCUGAAGAAGAAGCAUUAAAAUUAGUUAAAGAUGCAUUCACAGCUGCUGGAGAACGUGAUAUUUACACUGGAGAUGAAGUUGUUUACAAUAUUAUUAAAAAAGAUGGUAUCCAAACUGGUUUAAUGCAACUUCGUAAAGAUUAGAAAAAUUUUCUGUGAUUAUAUUAAUACUAUAUUUAAAUUUAUUUAAUAAAAUCAUUUACUAAUGGUGGUAUAAAAAAAAUCUGGUAAUACACUUAUAUUUCAAAUUAUAA